UUUAGGCGUUUUAUUGUAGCACGUCCUGUAAAACCAGGAGUUUAUUUUGAAAGACCCCGGCAAAUUAUUUGUUGAUAGCAUUAACUAAAGGACGUCAUAAUGCAGAUAAAGAAAUACUGUUACAGUCGAAUAUACUUGAACGUUUCAACAAGGCAAUCCUACCAACGGCCAUGUCAUCAGAGGAAACACGAGGAGCGCUUUGAGUUGACUCGUUGCUAGGCAACCGCUGUCUGGCGCCAGGGAUUGCCUUUUCGACCUCUCACUUUGCUCACUGUGAAGACUAAAACUGCACAAAAUGUUGUUCGAAUCGGAGAACAAACCUUCUAUUUAUGACCAAAUAGCAGAUCUGCAGCGUAAACUCCAACUUUUAGAGAGCGACAGGAACGCCUACUAUGAGAACUCUCACUCGACCCUUGAGAAGAACCGCCAGGCCAUCUUGCAGCUGAGGGAGGAGAACAGGGAGCUGCAGAAGAGCGUGACAGAUGCUGACACCGAUGAACAACAAUUCGUGCAGGCGGCCUUACAUGGCCGAGGCGUGGAGAAGGACACGGGUCCUCCAAUGUCAGGAAAGGCCGCCUUAGCCAAACUGGAGCACCGGGUGGCGUCCAAAAUAAAGCGUCUCAAUGCUCUUAAGCACACCACUCUGACCCACCAGCGCCGCCUGGAAGACCUGAAGAGGGAGUGCCUCAGAAUGGAGGCAGUGGGCUCUAAUCUGGCAAUGACUGAGAAGGAGGACAUUACAUUGAAGUUGAGGUCGCUACAGAACUGCCUGGAGAAGAACCAGCUCAAAUGCAAGGAAGGUGCCAACAUCAUGACUAACUAUCUGAAACUUAAACGCCACCUGCAGGAGGAGAGUCUGACCUUCCAGGGUCAGAUAGACAGUCUGGAAGCAGAAAUUAUGAAGUUCAAAAGGGAACUUCAGGAUGUACAAGAAAUGAACAGUAAAGCCCAGAUGUCGAAAGAAACUGCUAUUGCUGAGUUACAGCAACAGGAAGAACUGUUCUAUAAGGAGCACCAAGAAAAAGAUUAUCUUUUAGCCAUCUACAGAAAAAGGGUGCAGGAGAUCAGGGCCCGGGCUGAAAAGUUAGAUGCCCAGAGGAAAAUCGUACAACAGGAUGAGCUGAACAACGAGGCCGACUGCAGCACCGCCAAAAUGGCCGCCGAAUUGGACAAGAACAUCUGCAUUUUUGAGGAGACCCUCCGAAGGAUGAAAGACGCCACCGGUUACACAAAUACAGAGGAGGUGAUGGAUCGUUACAUUGCCCAGCAGAAGACUCACCAGCAUCUCCAGGAUCUCAAAGCAGAGAAUGAGUAUGUUAUACUGCAGCUUAAGGAGCGCAAGGAGGACCUGAAGCAACAGUUUGAGGACAUAAAGUAUUCGGGAGAAACGCAACUGUCCAGUGAGCAGAAGAUGCUGGAGGAGUGUGAGCAGGGUUUGCUGGCUAAACAGCAGAGCUGUGAAAUAGCCAAGGAGCGUCUGGCUUCUCUGGUUAAAACGCUGAGUACUAUCCAAGCUGGAGUGGAACACCUCGCAGAAAGACUUGACCACAUCUCCCUGAAUGAGGCGCCGUCAAAUGUGUCUCCAAACGCAGAUGAAUUUGUGGUGGAGCUGCUGACCCAGUGUGAGCGAAAGUUGCAGUUACUGCAAGAUAGGCUACGUGGAAAAGACCUCAACGAGAUUGCGAAAGACAUGGAGGAAGAGGAGUUCUACUUCAUGAUUGAGAAACAACUGCCGACUUACAACAAACGAGUCACAGUAACUGAGGACCAAGAGAUGAGCCUCGAAAAUAAUGAGGAUGAAAGUGAAGAGGACGAUGGUGUCCUCACACGAGAGGCACUGAAACGUCGCUCGCAGGCUAUGAUUGACGCCAUGUCCAACAAGAAGUCCUGGAAGUUGAAAAAGAAGUGAUGAGAUUCUGAAAGGACAGACAGAGUGAGAUCUAAAGAAAAUAGACCAUCUUUUUCUGCUGAAUUAUUACCUAACACUAGGGCUGCCACUAACAACUAUUUUGAUAGUUGACUAGCCACUGACUAAACGAUUACCGUAUUUACUGGACUACUUAUUAAACAGUGCGGCUAAUAUAUGGAUGGGGUUUUUUCGGUAACGGCCAUAAUGCUUUGUAUUCAUCAAAUAGUUAUCAUAUUACACCGACAGACAUUGAAAAAGUGUGUUAUUGUUUGUACUGUGGCGCCAUCUUUUGGACGAGUUUGCUCACUGCAGGUGCUGCGGGUUAAAAUGUACUUCCUGUUUCGUGCCUCGAACCGGAAGUAUAACCGUUCAUAGCGUAUCUGCUCGAAAGGAUUCUUCAUUCAUCACUCCAGGCAACAUUUUUACGUUUUACAAUAUAACUAAAACAAUCUACUUACUAAAACGUCCUUUGUGUGAUGUCUGUGGGAGUGUUUUCGUGCAUAUUCUGCACGUGCUAUUAAAUGUAAUCAAGCUAGCCCAGCAGGCACAAUACAUUGAUACAACAUUGAUUAUACAUACAUGUCUUUUAAAACUGACUUUGAAACAACAUUUGUAAAUUGAUCUCCAACGCUGGAUCCAGGUUGUUGGUUGGGAAAUGACCAAAUUUCAAAGGUCAAAUGAACAUCACAACCUGACAUUGAAUAAACGUUGUCAAAAAGCAUGUGGUUUCAACGUUGUAUUUGUGUUGUAGAAUAUUGGUUGGGAAAUGACCAAAAUUAAAUGGUCAAGUAAAUGUCAGAACCCAACAUUGAUUAAACGUUGUCAAAAAGCAUGUUUUAACAUUAUGUUUGAGUUGCUCAAUGUCAGGACCUAAUUCAAGUUCUCAAUGUUGUUUUAAUGUCUUGUGCCUGCUGCUAGCAUCGUUAGCAUUAGCAGAUAAGCUAACACAUUUACAACUGUCUGUGUUGGUACAUUAUUAACUUACAAUGGCAUUGUUUUUGUAUUGUUACAGUUUUGAAUUCCCCAAAAGGUCACUGGAGUUAUUGAGUCUGUUUAGCUGAUUGAAGAGCGAGCUUCCGCAGCUAGUGGAUCUGCAACGAUGACUUGUGUUUUGUUUGAUCAGCCGUUUUACUGCGGUUUUAGGCACCGUUUGGAAAACAUUAAGGUAUAUAAAUAAGCAUUUACAAAAUGUACAUAUCUGCGGCUUAUAGUCUGGUGAGGCUAAUAUAUGUAACAAUUAUUUUUUUAUUCUAAAAUUUUGUGGGCGGGGCUUAAAUACCGGUGCACUCUAUAGCCCGGAAAAUACGGUAGUUGACCAAUUGGAUUAUGAAGUGUACACCUAUUGAGUGCCUCUAAUUUAGCCAUCAGCUUGAGAUAUUUUUUAGCCGUGUACUAACUAAUGAUAAAGCUUUACUUUAUUCAGAAAUAUGUAUUUAUGCUGUAGCUGCUCUGCUCAUUAGGCUGAUCCAAAACUAUAAAUAACUUGAUUAAACGUUUGUCCAUUUUUAAAGCAAAGACAAGUAAAGUGCUGAUAAAAACAAAGUAUCAGUUUGUAUGCAAAGAACAGCUAUCAAAGCUAUCAGGCUUCCUCAAACAGGCAUUUUCAGGGGUUCUACAGGUAUCAGCUAAUCUAAUUGAAUCCUUUUUAAUGCCACUUACAAAAAAUGUAAUGCUGUGUCUUACUGCAGAUGAUUAUUAUAUAUAGUCAAAAGCUUACAACUAUCUGUAUAGACAAAAUUGGACGCAUUUAACAAUGAUAAUAUUGAUUAAGUGCAACAGUACAUUAACUGUUAAUAUCUAGUGAAUUAGAAUUGGCUCACAAGACUUUCAUCUGAGAAUUUAUUUGUAUUUAUUUUUUUGCAGUAGCAGAAGCUGUGACAGUUGUGGCAGGUACAGCAAAAGUUGCUUUGUUAGUCACGCCAAAAGAAAUUGUACAUUGUUAACUGCUGCCUGCCUUUAAUAGCCGACUUGUAUUUAGCUAAUAACGUGCGAUUUUACGACAUUGAUGCUCAUUGAGCAACAUUUUUUUUUUUUUUUCCACAUUCUGCAGAACGGCUCUGGGUUUACCAUCGUCAGGCUAUAAGCAAGUUUUGAAAAGUUAGCCAGCCACUUUUGCUGAAAUUUUCCCAUUUUCCCGACCUGUAUUAAUUUUCUCUCACAUUUACAGGAUGUACAAAAAUUAUUAAAUUUAAUGUGAACUUAAAAAAAAAAUGUGCCUAUCAUUUAAAAGAACACAUGUUUUUCUUGGUUUUUUUCAUUCUAAAUCGUAAAUAAACCUUAGCAAAAUCUAACCUAAUUCUAACAAUGGAGUCAAUGGGAGCGCCUCUAUUUUUGAAUCAGGAUAUAAUUUAAAAAUGUGUUAAAAGGCUUUAUGGAAUAAUUAACAUCAUACUAGGAAUGCAAAUGAUGUAUGUGUCCAGAACAGGAUGACUGAUUUCAACAUUUUAGAAAAAGACACAUUAUAGAAUGACAUUUGCAUCCUUAAGAUGCAUUACAAAUAAGCUGAGUCAAUUUAACAUCUUAAAUAGAAUGCAUUUUGCAUCUUCUCAGUUAUUUAAAAUGGGUACAGUAGAUAGGAAGUUAUGCAUAAAGUGCCAGGCCGCUAAAAGAGCUGUAAUGUAUUUACGGUGGGAAUAACAGAAUAAAAGAUAUGCAUAAAGUGCCAGGCCGCUAAAAGAGCUGUAAUGUAUUUACGGUGGGAAUAACAGAAUAAAAGAGUUGUGACCUGUUGUGAGAAUUGCCUUGGUUGUCCAUCCUAGGCCACCGCAGGUCAUGUGAGGUGCGUCACCAGACCUGCUAAUGUUAGCCAAGUUAGCUCAUGAGUGUUAAACUGGAGACAACUGAAACAAAGCAGUCGUGUAUGAAACAAGCUAAUCUUUCUCAUUAAAAUGACAUGGUGUCACAGUUAAGGACUACACGCCUACAGUGACCAAAAAAUGGCAAAGUUUGGGCUCCCAGAGCUGUUUCACUUUUCUGUAUUGCAGCAGCGCUUUUAACACCCCUACAAGACCUCUUGUAUCCAGUUUGUAAACCGCAGCCGAAGAAAAGACACACAGACAGAUGUAACAAUUUUUUGGCGACGGCAAAGUUAUUGAGCCAAUUUCAUUUACCGUCCGAUUGAUUGACUUACAACUCUUGGCCUAGUCCUCCUUUUAAUUGUAUAUAUCUUUGAAAGCCUCUGGAUAUCAAAUGUAAUGUUUUUAAUGUCAUUUAAGGCUUUCAUUUUCACAAAAUCUAUUUAAUGA